GGUCAUUGACCUCACCGGAGUUUUACCGUGGUUCAGGCUCCUAACGACACAAGACUUUGCUGCAAUAUGUCAUCUGACGAUGAUGAAAGGAAUAUGAUGAUAAUAACAUUGUUCAACAAAGGCUUAAAACAAAAGGAAAUCAGCUGUGCACUGAAUUCAUAUGGGCAUAAAAUAAGUGAGAGGCAUCUGAGACGAGUUUUAAAACUUCUAGGGUUGAAGCGAAGAUGCCCCCAACGACCUUUUACUGAAAUCCACAAAGCUGUGGAGAGUGAGAUGAAACAGUGGUCUCCUGAACAAGGAAUCAGGGCAAUGGUAAAGCGGGUAAGGGAUGUCAGAGGAGUGCGGCCUUGUUACAGAGACGAUGUUGCUAAUAUAAUGAGGUAUAUGGAUGCAAGUGGUCUUCAGAGGAGAUCUCCUGGAAAGAAGAAAAUUCCCCGUCGGAAUUACAUCAGCCAUGGUCCAAAUGACACAUGGCACAUUGAUGGCAAUGAUAAACUGAAGUUCUUUGGAAUGUGGAUACAUUUGGGGAUUGAUGGAUUUUCCAGGAAGGUUCUAUGGCUAAAGGUGGGCACAUCCAACCGCAAGCAAAACUUUGUGGCCAGAUACUUCUUUGAGGCUGUUCAAGAACAGGGUGGCUGUCCUCAAAUGAUUCGGGGGGACAGAGGAAAGGAGAACCUUGUUGUGGGUCAAAUGCAGAUGGCAUUUCACAUGCGAGAUCUUGGGAAUCAGGCAUGGAGGUGCUUCAGAAUGGGGACAUCAGUGCACAACCAGAGAGCUGAAUGUUUCAACAGUAUUUUAAAGCAGACAUGGAUUAAGAAAUGGCUGACAACAUUUGAGGCCAUGAUGGAGUCUGGGAUCCUUGAACUGGACAAUCCUGUGCACAUCAACUGCUUGCAGUACUCACACUUGCCACUGCUUCAAAGAGACUUAAAAACGGAGCAAACAGUUUGGAACACCCAUGACAUCCGCAAGCAACGCAAUGCACCUGGUCCAUUUGGGAAACCCGACCUUCUGUUUACCUCACCACCUCCUGGAUAUGGCAAUGUGCUGCACAUUGUUGACCCAGACCUUUUAGACUAUGCCAAGCAAUUAAUCUGUGAGAGGGAAGAGCCUUCACUGGUAGCAAACCAGGAAUUCAGAGACAUGUGCCAGAACAUUUUAGAAAACAGCCAGUUUCCCUGCACACCUGAUGGUUGCCUUGCUGCAUACCUCAUGCUAGUCCAAGAGCUCACAACUGCCAUGAACAGAAAUGCAGUUCCUACACUUUCUACGUUUGCCGAGGCAAAUGACAUAUACAUCUUUCUGAAGAGAGAGAGGAUGGAAGGUGCACCAGUAAACAUUUCCAAUGACCAAUAAAAUCAUAC